AUGGAGAUGUCAGAGCAUUUCCAAAUUGUAGCAAGUGUAGCGAAGAAAAGGGUUUCAUGCAAAUCUGCUCUGCCAUUGGGAUUCAUCACGGAGCUGAUUCAAAAGCGUGAGUGCAUCUCUGUUCAUGUUGGCCAGGCUGGAGUUCAGAUUGGCAAUGCAUGCUGGGAACUUUUCUGUCUGGAACAUGGCAUUCAGCCAGAUGGUACCUUCAAGAAUCAGUUCAACAAAGUCAACAAUGAUGAUUCCUUUGCCACAUUUUUCAGAGAGACAGGCACAGGAAAGCAUGUGCCACGGGCUAUUAUGGUAGACUUGGAGCAAACUGUAGUAGAUGAAGUGCGGACUGGCACUUACCGUCAGCUUUUCCAUCCAGAACAGCUGAUCACUGGAAAGGAAGAUGCAGCUAAUAACUAUGCCCGUGGUCACUAUACCAUUGGCAAAGACAGAAUUGACUUGGCAUUAGAUCGUAUCCGUAAACUGGCCGAUGCCUGUUCUGGGCUACAGGGAUUCCUGAUUUUCCACAGCUUUGGUGGGGGCACUGGCUCUGGCUUUACCUCCUUGUUGAUGGAACGCCUCUCCCUGGAUUAUGGCAAGAAGUCCAAACUGGAGUUUGCCAUCUACCCAGCCCCUCAAGUCUCCACUGCCGUAGUGGAGCCGUACAACUCCAUCCUGACCACUCACACCACCCUGGAGCAUUCAGACUGCGCCUUCAUGGUGGACAACGAGGCCAUCUAUGACAUCUGCUGUCGCAACUUGGACAUUGAGCGCCCCACUUACACCAACCUUAACCGUCUCAUCAGCCAGAUAGUCUCAUCAAUCACUGCCUCUCUGCGCUUCGAUGGUGCCCUCAAUGUGGAUCUGACAGAGUUUCAGACCAAUCUGGUGCCUUACCCUCGCAUCCACUUCCCCUUAGUAACAUAUGCACCCAUCAUCUCCUCCGAGAGAGCUUACCACGAGCAGCUGUCAGUGGCAGAAAUCACCAGUUCCUGCUUUGAACCCAACAACCAGAUGGUGAAGUGUGAUCCACGUCAUGGAAAAUACAUGGCCUGCUGCAUGCUGUACCGCGGUGACGUGGUCCCCAAAGAUGUCAACGUAGCUAUUGCUGCCAUCAAGACCAAGAGAACUAUCCAGUUUGUGGACUGGUGUCCAACAGGCUUCAAGGUUGGAAUCAAUUACCAGCCUCCCACAAUAACACCCGGAGGAGACCUGGCCCAAGUGGAACGUGCCGUCUGCAUGCUAAGCAACACCACAGCCAUCGCUGAGGCCUGGGCCAGGCUGGACCACAAGUUUGAUCUGAUGUAUGCCAAGAGGGCAUUUGUGCACUGGUAUGUUGGUGAAGGCAUGGAGGAAGGGGAGUUUGCAGAGGCCCGAGAGGACUUGUCUGCACUGGAGAAGGACUACGAGGAAGUGGGAACGAACUCAUUUGGAGAAGAAAAUGACGGGGAGGAAUUUUGA